CGCAUACAAAAAUGCUGACAAAAUCAGCUGUGUGCACCAAAAGUGCACCAAAAACGGUGGAUGAAAUGAUGUAGUGUUUAUUUAUGGCAUUUUCCGAAUACUGAUUCAGCAUGAGCGGAAGCAACGGCUCUAGAAGCAAGUUCGGAUCCCUAAUUGGUGUCCUGUACGUGGGUCACACGAGCUGCAAAUGUUUGAUUUACGCAACCAGGAAUGCCGAAGUCCUCACGUGCCACGAAAGCCCCCUGGAAUCUCUUUCCCCGCAGUCCGGUUGGAUCGAAUUCGAACCGUUGGGAAUAUGGAAAACGGCUCGACUGUGCCUCGAAACGGCAGUACAGAACUUAAUCAUACUAGACAUCAGUCCUCUGGACAUCGUUGCCAUCGGAGUUUGCAACCAGCGCGAAACGACGGUACUGUGGGACCGGAUUACGGGCGAGCCGUUGUGCAAUGCAAUCGGCUGGUGCGACACAAGAACGACCGCCGUGGUGGGUGGCAUCUUGCAGCGAGUACGAGGGAAAAAGAACUACCUGAAAUCGGUAUGCGGGUUACCCGUUAGCAAUUGCUUUAGUGCGGUCAAAAUUCGAUGGAUGAUGGAAAACGUUGAGACGGUGCAGGAAGCAAUCGAUAAUGGGCGGGCCGCAUUUGGUACGCUAGAUAGCUGGAUAAUUUGGAUGCUAACCGGCGGUCCUGAGACGGGCAUUCAUGUGACGGACGUGACGAACGCAUCGAGGACGAUGCUGAUGAGUCUGGAAACUUGCGAGUGGGACGAGCGAUUGUGUCGCUUUUUUAGAAUUCCUAGUAAGAUUCUCCCGGAAAUACGGAGCUGUUCCGAGGUGUACGGGUACAUUAACGAUGGACCUCUCAGUGGUAUACCGAUUGCAAGCUGCCUUGGAGAUCAACAAGCAGCGCUUCUCGGGCAAAUGUGCCUGAACGCCGGACAGGCCAAUUGCACAAUUGACGAUGGAACGUUUGUUCUAUUCAACACCGCACAGGAAAUCAUCGAUUCGGAUCAUGGACUUCUUUCGACCGUUGCGUACCAGCUGGGCGCACGUGGUGAUGUAUACUACGCAUUGGAAGGAGCAAUCGCACACGCUGGUUCAUCGAUAGCCUGGCUCAAACGUACCCUUGCCCUCAACCCGCCUGGAAGCGAUCCUAUGAACAACAGUGGAACCGGCCUCAUUCCCGAUGGCACGUCACCGCUGCUCGCUUCGUUUUGUUCCGCCAGCUCCCCCGUACCACAGUACAACGACGCGAAAACGUUCGUCGGUAGUAGUGCACGCGCUGGCGUCAUCUUUGUACCUGCAUUCAGUGGAUACUACACGCCCUAUUGGCGAUAUAAGGCGCGCGGGAUGAUGUUUGGGAUAACGUUACAAACGACACCGCAGCAGAUACUGUUUGCCGCGCAUGAAGCGAUUUGCCAUCAAGUCCGCGAAGUGUUGGAAUCGCUGGCCAACGAUUGCCCGACCUGGCCGAAACUAUCGAAGCUGAUCGUCGGUGGGGAUCUCUGCGAGCAGCCGUUUCUGGUGCAGAUGCUAUCGGAUUUGAAUGGACUGUUGCUCGAGCGACCGCAAACAUCGACACCGGCCUGCUUGGGGGCGAUGUUGGCCGCCGGGCUUGCUACCGAAAUUCUGUCCAUCGAUCAGUUCCGCCAAAACUGUGUUCCGCCGACGGAUGUCUUCAACACUGCGUACAACUCUAGUCAAAGGGAUAUGAAAUUUCGCCGCUGGAAAAUGGCCGUCGACCGGUGUUUAAAUUUCGACUCCGUUUCCGAGAGCGAUCCGGUUAAGCUGAUCUACGGCGGACGGGACCCGGACUCGCACGUGCGCUGUUCGAUCCCGGGUUCGGUGUUCAUCGUGUCGUCAUUUGCGCUCGUCGUAGUAGCGCAGCUGCUGAAGCAGAACGGUUUCGGAUAGUUACACCAGGACUGAUAUUCCAGUUACCCGCAUUCAGGUAGUAUUAGGCUUUAGCUUCGUUCCUGUCCUCGCCACGGAAGUGGGCGCCGCGAAUGUGGGGCGCUAGUUGUUGUUGUUGUUGUUACAGAGCACAAACAAAUCGGCGAAAUUCGUAACGCUUACGGCAAAAUAUGACAAAGAAGAAAUAUGACAAA